AUAUAAAUGGUACUGGAGGUUGGAGGGUGCAGAACAGACAAGUCCCACACAGCAACUCGGUGCAGACCUAGCAGUUACCAUGAGGACCCUUUCUCUACUCACUCUGCUGGCCCUGGCUACAUUCUGUCUCUCUGACAUAGCAGAUGCAAAGCCCAGCAACUCUGAGUCUGACAAAGCCUUCGUGUCCAAGCAGGAGGGCAGUGAGGUGGUGAGCAGACCCCGGCGCUACCUUGGAGGCCCAGCACCCGCCCCAGACCCCCUGGAGCCCACCAGGGAGGUGUGUGAGCUCAACCCCACCUGUGACGAGCUAUCGGAGCAGGUCGGCUUGCAGGAGGCCUACAAGCGCAUCUAUGGUACGGCUGUUUAG